UCUGAAAGGACUUGUUUUUAUAGAAACUUUCUCUUCCUUCCAAACUCGAUCCGUCUGUCUUUCGUAGUUUCUCUGUGUGCUGUGUUUCCUUUCCUUCACUUCCUUUAAACUCACCGCCUCUCUCUCUCUUGGGCGAGCGAGCAGAAGUGAUUCCAGCAGAAGUUGGAUGGGUCCAGACAAGCCGAUCAGAGAUCAGUGCUGAUGAUGUUUCUCCGGUUGUCUCUUCACUUUCUCCUUUUUCUGGACUUGAUGGAUGUCUCCUCUGGAUCUCCGGCUGAAGAUUCCUACAUCCAGGAACUUUAUCAUGGGACCUCAACACAAGAGGAGAUUCUGCCCACUGAUGGACGGGUUAGAAAGAACACCAAAAACACAGUGUUUACAUCCAAACUAUCCGCUGCAUCUGGUUCAACGUCAGUGACGGCUGUGAAUAAAAAGAAAGAGAAAAGUGAAAGAGACAGCGUGAGUGAUGUGAGCGACGAUUGUCCUCCGUUGGGUCUGGAGAGUCUAAAGGUUGAUGAUUUUCAGCUUCACUCCUCUACCAUGAGACACUACGGCCUAGGACCUCACAGAGGACGGCUGAACAUUCAGGGUGGUCUUCAGGAGGAUGAUGUGUAUGAUGGUGGUUGGUGUGCGGGGCGUGUGGAUCCUCUGCAGUGGUUGGAGGUUGAUGCUCGCAGACUCACCAGAUUCACGGGAGUUAUCACUCAGGGACGGAGCUCUCUGUGGUCGAGUGAUUGGGUCAGCUCUUAUAAAGUUCUCUUCAGUAAUGAUUCUCACAGCUGGUUGACCCUCAAGAACGGCUCACGGGAUCUGAUUUUUACGGGGAAUCGGGAGAAGGAGAUCACCGUCCUCAAUAGAUUUCCCAAACCCGUGGUGGCCCGAUACAUCCGCGUGAACCCGCGCACCUGGUACCCUGGCGGAAGCAUCUGUAUGCGUCUGGAGAUCCUGGGCUGCCCAUUGCCAGAUCCAAAUAAUUAUUACAGAAGACGAAACGAAAUCACCACCACAGACAAUCUGGACUUCAGACAUCACAGUUAUAAAGAGAUGAGACAGCUCAUGAAGGUGGUGAAUGAAAUGUGUCCGAACAUCACGCGCAUCUAUAAAAUCGGCAGGAGCUUCACCGGGCUGAAACUUUACGCCAUUGAGAUCUCUGAUAACCCGGGCGAGCACGAGCAGGGUGAACCCGAGUUUCGUUACACGGCUGGUUCCCACGGUAACGAGGUUCUGGGCCGAGAGCUGCUGCUGCUGCUGAUGCAGUUCAUGUGUCUGGAGUAUCUGUCCGGUAACCCACGGAUACGACACCUAGUACACGAGACUCGCAUCCACCUGCUGCCGUCUGUGAACCCCGAUGGCUUUGAGAAAGCGUCUGAGGCGGGAUCCGAGUUGAGCGGCUGGUCUCUGGGUCGCUGGAGUAAGGAUGGUUUGGACAUUCAUCACAACUUUCCUGAUCUCAACUCUGUUCUCUGGGAGGCUGAAAGUCGUAAAUGGGUCCCGCGGAAAUUUCAUAACCACCACGUGUCCAUUCCAGACUGGUACCAGUCCAAAAACGCUACAGUGGCAGUAGAGACUCGCGCUCUGGUGUCGUGGAUGGAGAAGAUUCCGUUUGUAUUGGGGGGAAACCUGCAGGGCGGCGAGUUGGUGGUGACGUUCCCGUACGACCGCACACGUUCAGCGUCUGUGUUACGCGAGCAGACGGCCACGCCUGACGAUCACGUGUUCCGCUGGCUGGCCUUCUCAUACGCCUCCACUCACAGACUCAUGACCGACGUCAGCCGCAGGGUCUGUCACACCGAUGACUUCGCCAAAGAGGACGGAACCAUCAACGGAGCAUCCUGGCACACGGCCGCAGGCAGUAUGAAUGAUUUCAGUUACCUGCACACAAACUGUUUUGAGCUCUCCAUGUAUGUUGGAUGUGACAAAUAUCCACACCAGUCUGAAUUACCAGAGGAGUGGGAGAAUAACCGUGAAUCACUGCUGGUCUUCAUGGAACAGGUGCAUCGUGGGAUUAAAGGUUUUGUAAGAGAUGUUCAGGGUAAAGGAAUCACUAAUGCUGUCGUCUCUGUGGAGGGAAUCAAUCACGACAUCCGCACAGCAUCUGAUGGAGAUUUCUGGCGUCUGUUGAAUCCUGGAGAAUACACGGUGAGGGCUCGAGCAGAGGGCUUCAGCUCCAGCAGCAAAGUAUGUGAGGUGGGAUAUAAGAUCGGUGCCAGCAGGUGUGACUUUGUGCUCAGCCGCUCCAAUCUGUCGCGCAUCAAAGAAAUCAUGCUGAAAUUCAACAAACAACCAAUCAGCAUGCGGCUGCCUCGACUAAUCAACAAAUGAGAGACAGAGAUAGAGAGAAUAAUGACUAAAGGUGACAUCACCUGUCAGAAGUAAAUCUGCAGUUUUUAUAGUCCGUUGACAGAAAUAAACAUGUUGAUGACAUCUAUAAAACAUUAAACUUGUGUUGAUUUUGUC